CGUCUGUCUUUUCCGAAAUCUUUCUCAGCCGUUCCCCACUCACUGUAGCGCCCGCGCGCCAGGAUUAUCACACUUAUUCACAAUGUCUCUAACUACAGUAAGGACCCUCCUAGCCUUUUCGCUAUCACUGUUUGCCCUGAGUCCAGGAGCUACAGCCCUGGUGCCCCUGAGGCCGCAGAAUGUGAAGCUGGUGCCCGUGGAGAGGGGCCUCCUGGUCUCCUGGGACCCCCCCGGCGAGCUGGACGACCGGCCCGUGGAGCGCUACAGCGUCGGCUACGGCAAGUCCAUGAAGUCCCUGCGCUACACCAGGGUGGACGGGAACAAGAGAUCGCAGCUACUGGAGGAUGUGGAACCUGGCGUUCUGCACUUUCUGAAAAUGACCGCCGAUAACAAGGAUGGGCAGAGCAAGCCGGUCUACCGGGCGGAGACUCCCACGGGAAGACGAUCGGCGAGGCUGGACGGCUUUGCGGUCACCAGCUCGGUGCCUUCGAGCGGAUCAGUUACAGAGAGGAAGGCGCCCAGCCGGCCGGUGAGGGUCGAGGCGGCCCGGUCGCCGGACAGCGUCCUGGAGCAGAGGAGGCCUCCCCAAAACUCCGGCGCGGAGCAGCCGGGACGGGGGCGGGGCUUCCUGCUGGGGAUGGCCCAAAACGACCGCAGGACGGUCAGCAGCCCCGUGCAGGCCGAACAGAGGAGCCCCAGGAGGCAAAACCACGCCUCUGAGUCCGUGUAUGUGGUAUCACUGCAGGCACAGAAAGCGCUUGGGCAGAGCUCCCCCGUCCACAAGGCUUUCAUGAGCAAAAAACCCCCCCCAGCAGAUUUAGAGGAAAUGUCUGAAGUGAAGGACAUCACCGUUCGGGUCAUGUCCCCCCAGUCGGUGUUCGUCUCCUGGGUGGACCCGGAGAUCGAGAAGGAGACGGCCGAGAGCAGCACCAGGUACUACACGCUGAGGUACCGGGAGAAGGGGGAGUCGGCUCGGUGGGACUACCGAGAGACCACGCAGCGGCGCCUCCUGGUGGAGAACCUCUCCGCCGACAACAUGUACGAGUUCUCCAUCCGGAUCUCGCAGGGGGACCACACCAGCAAAUGGAGCGUCUCUGUCUUUCAGAGGACCCCUGAAUCCGCUCCAACGGGUCCACCUGAGAACUUUGACGUCAAGCCGUUGAGAGGCAAAGGGACUGCCGUCACGGCAACCUGGGACCCACCGGAGGAAACCAACGGGAGGAUCCGAGAGUACAUCCUGUCCUACGCCCCGGCCCUGAAGCCCUUCGGCGCCAAGUCCGCCAGUUACCGCGGCGGCACCACGUCCGCCGUCGUCGAGGGCCUGCAGCCCGGCGAGCGCUACAUCUUCAAGAUCCGUGCGGUGAACCGGAGAGGACAGGGACCCCAGAGCAAGGCCUUCAGCGUCGUCAUGCCAACAACCAGCGCUGCGGCUUCAUCCCCCCACUCCAGGAGGCCAGGUUCAUACAGGCCCUCCAGACCCUACCUCCGCAAGGACCCCAGAGGCUCUGACCUCGAGUCUGAGGAGGAGGACGAGGACGAGGAGGACGAAGAGGAGGAGGAGGAGGAGGAGGAAGAGGAGGUCACUACGCGCGCCCCCACGACCGUUAUCCCCACCACCCGGAGGACCCGCCCCCUCUCGCAGACCCGGUCCUAUCACGGCGUGUUCUCGUCGGCGAGGUCGUCCGCGCGGAGGACGGGCGGCGGCGGCCAGCGGACCCCUCAGGCGCCCGAGCGGGAAUCGCACAAGGAGCAGGAGACCUUCGCCGAAGAGAAACUGGAGGAGGAGGAGGAGGAGGAGGAGGAAAAGGAGGAAGAGAAAGAGGAGGAGGAGGAAGAGAAGGAGGAGGAGGAGCCCACGGCGGCCGCCAGGAAGGUCGACGCCGCCGUCUCCUACCCCGAGAGGAAGGACUCGUACGACCGCGGCGCGCCCAAACCCGCGCCCAAAGAGCCCCCGCCGGAGCCCGGCUCGCCCGCUGGCGGUAAUGGCGGCGGCUCUGUCCCGGCCGGCCGCUACCCCGGCCCCGGGCGGAGGAAGCCGGGGGUCCUCCUGACCCGCGGAAAUCUGGGCAGGGUCCCGAACGGCCAGCGCAAGCCCGGGUCCUCCGCCGCCGCCGCCGCCUCCGCCCAGUCCACCCUGUCCUCCGGCGCGGCGGUCCAGACCCGGCCCGGUCCAAACGAGGAAGAGGAGGAGGAGGAGGAGGAGAGGAACGAGAGGCCGACCCCCGCCCCCCGCGCUGCCACCACCUCUCGCCCCGCCCCCGCCCCCGUCCCCGUGCCCGCCGUCCUGAACCGCAACCUGAGGCCAGGCUUCGGGAGCAGGGUCGUCCCCAGGCAGGGCGCCAGGGUCCCGUCCAGCCGGGACUCCUCGCUGGCCUCCGUGGGGGCCCAAACCCCGGUGCUGAAGCAGCAGGUCGAGCCCCGCCCGGAGGUUUCCGUCUCCCAGGACACCCACGAAAAGGCCCGGGCCCCGUCGCCGUCCGCCCACGACCCCGACCCCGGCCCCGUCCCCGUCCCGAAGAGCCCCGCCUCCAAGGACGAAGGGGGCGGCUACACCUACGGCGCCGGCAAGGAGGCGUACGGGAGGAACGACAAGAUCGCCGUGGCGACCGCGCCCCCGCGCCCGGCCGCCGCCGCCGGGCCCGAGCUGAGCGAGAACGACAGCAUCGAGAGGGAGUCCGUCCCGGAGAGGCCGAGGGCCCCGUCGGCCCCCCGCCGUCCCGUCGUCGGCCCCAACGGGCGCCUGCGGUACCCGCACCUCGCGAACCGCCAGACGGGGUCCCGGGCGCCCGCUUCCCCGCAGCCUUCGAACCCGAACCCUCGGUCCCGCUACCCCGGGCGAACGGCGGGAAAAAUGCCCAACGGGAGAAACGGACGUCCAAAUCUCACGGCAACCAAUGGAAAACCCGUUUCCACGUCCGACGGCAACGCCAAACCGUCAUCAGGCCACAGGUACAUCACCAGUCCGGAAGGACUGAAAUGGAUAGUGGACCUGGACAAAGGGGUUCUGAUGAACGAGAACGGGCGGAUUCUGCAGGACUCUCACGGAAAGCCUCGUCGGGUCAUCCUCGGGGAGGACGGACGCACCAUUUUUGAUGCCCAGGGCAGCCCGCUGGUGAACUCCGAGGGCCUGGCCCUGUUCGGGCACGGACGGGACAGCCGACCGGUGGUCAACCCCAAGGACAAGUUCUUCACUUUGGGCGGGAAGCAAAUCGUGGGCCUGGACCGUCCCACGCCGAAAACGACGACCACCACGACCGCAACGACCACCACGACCACACCCGAGCCGACGACGACCAUGCCAACCACCCCAGAGGUGACCACGGAGGAGCCCACGACCAUGCCCCUCUUCCCCACCUGUCCACCCGGAACGUACUCCAGGGUGGACGACCUGGGGUACCCCAUGUUCGACGACGACGGCAUACUCAACUGCUACCCCGACGAAGGGUCCUCAGGGAUGGGAAUGGACGCCAUGGUAACAGUCUCCAUGGCGACUGACAGGGCUGACGCUUUAGCUAUUGAAGAAGACCACUUUGUCAUCCAGACGACGUUGCCCACGACGACGACGACGACGACAACGACGACAACGACCGAAGCGACGACCACGCAGCCAAUCACGAGGGCUAAUAUUGGGCCCUCCUCGCCAUAUGACGCAGCGGGAAAGAAGCGAUUCACGGCUCCAUACGUGAACUACAUCCGUAAAGACCCCGGGGCCCCUUGCUCCCUGACGGAGGCGCUGGAGUUCCUGCAGGUGGACGUCCUGGAGAACCUGAUCGAGCAGGACAGCAUCAUCAACGGGCGGCCGCCCAAACACAAACCCGCCAACUUCACCGUGGUCGCCAUGGAGGGCUGCCACUCCUUCGUCAUCCUGGACUGGGCCCGGCCGCUCAAGGACGACAUGGUGUCCGGCUACAUGGUGCACAGCGCCUCCUACGACGACAUCCUGAACAACCGAUGGUCUUCCAGAACGUCAACGGGCACGCACCUGUCCGUGGAGAACCUCAAACCCAACUCAAGAUAUUACUUCAAAGUUCAAGCGAAGAACGUGUUUGGACUUGGCCCGCUCAGCGAAACGAUCACAUACGUCACAGAGUCAGACGACCCCCUGCUCAUCGAAAGGCCGCCUGGAGGGGAGCCGAUCUGGGUCCCGUUCUCCUUCAAGUAUAACCCCGGCCACAGCGUGUGCAAGGGGAGCCAGUUCGUCAAGCGCACCUGGUACAAGAAGUUCGUCGGGGUCGUCCUGUGCAACUCGCUACGAUACAAAAUCUUCAUGGGCGACGGACUCAAAGACACGUUCUACAGUAUCGGAGACACCUUUGGCUACGGCGAAGAUCACUGCCAGUUUGUCGACUCUUACAUGCAGGGAAGGACCGGGCCCCAGAGCCUGUCUGCUUACCUGCCGACUGCUCAAGGGUACUACCGGGCUUAUCGGCAGGAGCCGGUGAAAUUUGGAGCCAUCGGCCGCAACACGCCCCACAACUUUGUGGGCUGGUACGAGUGCGGAAUCCCCAUCCCGGGAAAGUGGUAACGAAGGUUCGCCGGGAGGGGCAAAACUUUUUUUUUUUUAAAUUUUGCAGAGAAAAAGGGACUUGGCUCCAUCCAUCCUGCUGAGCACUCAGUCUCUCAGAUCACACGAGAGAGAUGAACUUUUCACGUACGUCAGCAAACCUACAACAUAUACUGCUUCCAAUGAAGAGAAUAUAAUACUUUUUUUUUUCUUUUGUUUUUAAAAAAAAAAAAAUACUAAAUUCUUUGUAACCACGUUUGUGCACUUUUUUUAAAAAGCAGUCUGUAUAUGGGGAAAAGCAGGUGUUCUCGGCUCAGAUAACUGUUGUCUUCCAGAUCUGAAGAAUAACAUGUUAAUUCCUAAAUAGUUUUGACAGUUUUGCACGCAACAAGGCAAUCUCUCCCAAGCCUUGUUUUCUUGACCAUAAAACAAAGAGCAAAUUUUUUCAACGCAAAAACAUAACCAGAUGAACUAAGACUGUACUUCUUGCCUGCUUUGGUAGUUUGACAGUCUGGUAUAUACUUUUUAAAAAACUUUUAUUAAUUGAUGUUUUUUUUACACACAGAAUGCUGUAUUUAGGUCAGGUUUUGUUUGAAUGAGGUCAGAGGACAUAUUGAAUAUCAUGUGACAUACAGAGUCAUAUUCAGCUCAGGAGCAAGGAGAAAGCAUAAAAUACAGGGCUAACCAAAACCACUAACAAUCAAAACUGUCGCAACCAGCCAUCUUUCAAAAAUGUAUAGCCGAAUUUAUUUUAAAUGUCUGUCUUCAACAGGUUAACGUGACUGGCAAUUGUCGAAAUAAAGUACACACUACAAACCUUUACAA